GCUCGUACGUCACUGCAGUCCACGGAGCCGGAGAAGGAAAAUAAUGUGAGCAUUCAGCCAACAUGUUAUAUUUCAUCUGUGUUCAGUCAGCUGUCUCUGCGGACUAGAAGGAAAAAUACGAUUGUGCCGAUUGAGUAAGCGGACUGUCAGCUGGCUUUACUGCUGGAUUUUCUCUCUCUCGCUGUUGCACUUCCUGUUUUUCCAGCUUCUGCUCAUGUUCAGUGUUGCUGGAUUACCCGUCAGUCUGACUGGCUGAACAUGAAUGUUCUGGAGGAAGAGGAGGACAGAGCACGAUCCCAUUAUUUGUCUGUGGCUAGUGACUUUUCCAAAGAUGAUCCUCCAUACUUCAACAGUGAACCUGGACCCUCAGACACAAAAGGUCAGCAUCCCAGACACAGAACAGGCUCUUCAGGAUCAGGUUACCUGUCUAUGAGUGACUGGUCCAAUGAUCUUCCUCCAGUCUUCAGCAAUGAACCUGGACCUUCAGACACAAAAGCUCAGCAGCCCCCACACAGAACAGACUCUUCAGGAUUAGGCUGUCUGUCUGUGAGGAGUAACAUCUCCAAAGAAGACCCUCCAUUCUUCAACAAUGAACCCGGACCCUCGGAUACAAAAGAAGAGACAAGGAAACCUGUUUCUGUGGCAAAGCAGCUGCCCUGUCAGGAUGUCUCCACGGAUCCAGUCUGUGGACACCGGUCCACCUCAUCCUGUGAUCAGUCUGCUUCAUCAGUUGCUGGUCUACAGGAAGUUUUAGAUGAACAUAAGUUCAGACUAAGGAAGAGAUGUGAAUGCGUGACUGAAGGAAGUGAUAAAACAGGAAGAGCAACCUUCCUGAACAGAAUCUACACAGACCUUUACAUCACAGAGGGACAGAGUGAAGAGGUUCAGACCCAACAUGAGGUGAGGCAGCUGGAGACAGGUUCCAAGAUGAAGACCCUCCAUGACACUCCGAUUAAGUGCCACGACAUCUUUAAAGCCUUCCAACAGAGAGCCAUCAGAGUGGUUCUGACAAACGGUGUUGCUGGCGUUGGAAAAACCUUCUCAGUGCAGAAGUUCGCUCUGGACUGGGCGGAGGGCUUGGAGAACCAGGACAUCAGUGUGGUGAUUCUGCUUUCAUUCAGGGAGCUGAACCUGAUCAGAGAUCAGCAGUUCAGUCUUCUGGACCUGCUCCGUGUUUUCCAUCCAACAUUGCAGAAGGUCACAUCAGAGAAGCUCGCUGUCUGUAAACUUCUGUUCAUCUUUGACGGUCUGGAUGAAAGCAGACUUUCACUGGAUUUCGCCAACAGGAAGCUCGUGUCUGAUGUCACACAGAAGUCACCAAUCAGCGAGCUGCUGACAAACCUCAUCAACGGGAAUCUACUUCCCACGGCUCUCGUCUGGAUAACUUCUCGACCCGCAGCAGCCAGUCAGAUCCCUCCUAGAUGUGUUGACAGGGUAACAGAAGUACGAGGCUUCACGGAUGCUCAGAAAGAGGAGUACUUCAGGAAGAGAGUCAGUGAUGAGCUGUCCAGCAGAAUCAUCUUCCAUAUUAAGUCAUCCAGAAGCCUCCACAUCAUGUGUGGAAUCCCAGUCUUCUGCUGGAUCACUGCCACAGUUCUGGAGCACAUGUUGACCACAGAGCAGAGAGGAGAGCUGCCCAAGACCAUGACUGACAUGUACUCACAUUUUCUGUUGGUUCAGAUAAAAAGGAAGAAGCAAAAGUACCAACAGGUUUAUGCAAAGAGUCCACAGGAGCUGAUUGAGGUUGACAGAAGAGAUCUUCUGAAGCUGGGGAGGCUGGCAUUUAAACAUCUGGAGAAAGGAAACAUCAUGUUCUACCAAGAAGACCUGGAGCAGUGUGAUCUGGAUGUGACAGAGGCCUCGGUGUAUUCGGGACUUUGUACAGAGAUCUUCAAAAGAGAGAGUGUGAUCUUCCAGAAAUCAGUCUACUGCUUUGUUCAUCUGAGCAUUCAGGAGUUUCUGGCUGCAGUCUACAUAUUCCACUGUUUCACCAACAGGGAGAAAAAAGUACUGGAGGACUUCCUAAUCCCAAAGUGUUCUAAGAUUUCUAAGAAUUUUGGAAACAAAACUGGCCCUGUCCUAUUUUUGGAUAACUUCCUGAGCAGAGUUAUGGAGAAAUCCCUUGAAAGUAAAAACGGUCACCUGGACCUGUUUGUUCGCUUUCUUCAUGGCCUUUGUCUGGAAUCCAACCAGAGACUUUUAAGAGACCUGCUAGGUCAGAAAAAGAAUGAUCCAGACAUCAUCCAGAAAGCCAUCAACAACUUGAAGGAGAUGAACACCCACAAAAUAUCUCCUGACAGAAGUCUCAACAUCUUCCACUGUCUGAUGGAGAUGAACGACCUCUCGGUAAAUCAGGAGAUUCAAGAGUUCCUGAAGUCAGGAAGGAGAUCACUGAAGAGACUCUCUGUGAUCCACUGCUCAGCUCUGGCCUACGUGCUCCAAAUGUCAGAGGAGGUUCUGGAUGAGUUGGACCUGAACAGCUAUAACACAACACUGGAAGGCAAACAGAGGCUGAUCCCAGCUGUGAGAAACUGCAGAAAAGCUCAAUUUUCUAGCUGUGAACUCUCAGAAGCUCACUGUGAAGUCGUGGCCUCAGCUCUGAAGUCCAACCCCUCCCAUCUGACAGAGCUGAACCUGAGCUUUAACAAGCUGCAGGAGUCCGCAGUGAAACUGCUGUCUGCUGGACUGGAGAAUCCAAACUGCAGACUGGAGACUCUGAGACUGAAGGGCUGCAGGUUGUCAGCGGUCAGCUGUGCUUCUCUGGUCUCAGCUCUAAAUUCCAACCCCUUCCAUCUGAGAGAUUUGGACCUGAGUGUCAACACACUGCAAGAUUCAGGAGUGAAGCAGAUGUGCGGCUUUCUGGGGAAUCCACACUGUAGUCUGGAAGUACUGAGAUUGAAGAGCGGCAACAUGUCAGCAAUCAGCUGUGCCUCUUUGGUCUCCGCUUUAAAGUGCAGCCACUCCUGCCUGAGGGAGCUGGACCUGAGCCAAAACAACCUACAGGAUUCAGAUGUGAAGCAGCUGCUGGAGCUUGUGGAGAGUCCACACUAUGGACUGGAGACUCUGAGCUGGGAGUGAUGAUCUUUGUACAAACGAGGGUAAACAGGACAGAGUGUGCUGAGUGGAUGAUCCGCUGAGGUUGUGUACACAGAUACUAUAACUGGGCCUUUUUACUGAGAGCUGGAGGGGGAGCAAGCAGUCGUUUCUGAGUGUUCUUCUUCUACUCUGUACUGAGAUGUUAGUCCCUGCUCCAUCUGGUCCUGCAGGUCGUUGCCAUGUUUACUGCUGUAUUGUGGGUUAGAAGGUGUUGUACUGCACAUCAUAUCUUAUCUCUUUUUUUUAAUAUUGUCUUUUUGGUGCAUUAAAAGUAUUUCUACUUUAAUUCUGCCAUGUUUGACUUUGAGGUACAGAUGUCAGGUUGUAAGUGUCUUAACUGAUCAGUGUUGGUUAAAUACAGAUGUGUUUUAAUCAUUUUAAUUCACUUCAGUGUUGAUGGUUGUUGUAUAUGUCUGUUUUAUAUAACUCUGCAUGUUGCUGCUAGUCGUGGCCUGGCUCCCAUGUAAAAGAGAUUUUAAAUCUCGAUGUGAUUUAUCUGGUAGAAUUAAGGCUAAUAAUAAUAAUAAUAAUAAUAAUAAUAAUUUGUUACUCAGUUUGAACAGUCGCAAACAUUAAGGGCUGUUUAAUUACACAUUUAAAUAACACCAUUCAUUCUAGACAAAAUGUUUCUUUUUCUUUUAAUGGUGAUGAGCUAUAAAUUACUGUUAUAUUACCUAUAUGUUGCACCUACGGCAGCUCGUUCACUCUAUGCAUUUAUUUUAAUAGAGCACAUGUACUCCAAAUUCUGUUACCUGCUGUUGCACACCAUUAAAAGGAGACAUGUUGCUCAACCUGGAAACUGUAGCAGAACGUUGAAGAAGCCACGCCCCUUUGAUCCUUUCCCUUCAAACCACUGUGCAGAGAACAGAGAACUCCUGUAAGUUAAAUUCAACUUUAACAUUCAUUCUAAAGUUGAUCUAUUUUGAUACUUUGCCAACAUUUCAUUACAAAGAAUGUUUCCUGAUUGUUUGAAUGACUGUUAAAUGUGAUACACUAGAUUCCUUUGAUUUCUUUUAUCCCAAGCUGGUGGAUGUAUUAAUGGUAACAAUGGUUUUAUCCAUAAGUGUCUUUGUUUUUUUAUUUGCAUUGUUGAUAUCCAUGUAUUAAAAUAUCCAGCCUAACCAUCAGUAAUUGUACCAAAUACAUAAUGUGCACAUCAGAUGUUCUGUGAGCCAAUGCAGACAUAUUCAAAAUAGCUGUUUGAGUUUUAUACCUUUUGUUUAGUUCUUUGUUGGUAUCCUCAGACUUUUCCCUCUGUCACGUCUGCGUCUCUGUCAGUGCGCAGCCAUUUCCUGUUUUAUUUUGCUACUUCUGUUCACCUGUUCUCCCCAGCUGUCUCCACUUCCCCUAAUUACCUUGUUUGUGAUUUUAAGCCCACCGUUUUCUUCAGUUCUUUGUUGUGUGCAGUACUCCCACACUAAAGCUGUUUACGUUCAGUCGCCACAGUCCUGUGUUUGGAUCCACAACCUACCUGCCACACAGCCUGAAAAUGACACAGUGAAAACUUACAAUACCAGAGGAUUUUUUUUUUCUCAACUCUGACCUAAAUUUAGUUUUAUUUGAUUUAUAGAUACAAUGAAACUAUAGUAAAAUUACACAGAUCCAAUAUUUGAUGACAAGAAAGUGAAAAUCAAUGCAGUAAUUUAAGAAAAGAAAAAAAAAAACGAAUGGUUUUUAAUUUAAAUCAGAAAUCAUUUUUAAUUAAUCUCAUGUCUAGAAAACGUUCAGCAACAUUUUGCUCCUGGGUCUGUUUUCCCAGUGUUUUUUGGACUUCCUUGUCUCGCUUAUUUAAAUAUUCUGUAAGAUUCUUGGUUUGGUUAUGGUUACAUUAGGUUCUUGUAUAUUUUCUUCUUUAGUGUCAGUGCUGGCCCUCCUGUGUUAAGUUCUUUCAUGUGUUUGUUUUCCCUGUUUAGUUUCUCACUUCCUGUUUUAUUUUGUGAGUGGUGUUCCUCGUGUGCUGCCUUCAGUUUUGUCUCCUUUGUCUCAUCUGCUGUGAUUCUGUUCAGCCGUGGAUAUUGUGCUAGAGAUACUCAUGACUUACUGCUGCAUGCCAGUCACACAGGCCCAAAGACGACCUGUCGCUAGGGAAAAAUGUAUAUCCUCUGACAAGGUCGCUGAAAUUGGUCACAAAGAGGUGCGCAGUGCUGCACUGGAAACCUCCUUGCAAUAGCUUCUGGUUGUUUGCAGACGAUCGUAGUGUGUGUGGAAGAUGCCAGCUUGUCUGCAAACACCCAGCAGCUACUGUGAACCUGUGAAGAGGGCUGCGCAAGCCAUUCGCUUUCAAAGUAAAAUUGUUGUUUCAGCAGUAAGUUUUUACUUUUACUUUGAAGUUUCCAGUUUGUGUGAUACUGUUUCAAGUUUCACAGCUGGGGGUUAGUUGUCCUCAGCACCUGUGGGGAUUCUUUUUUUUUAAUUAAUUUAUUUUUUUGACAGCGCAUUUUGGUGCCUGGUGUUUAAUCGGUAUUAUUAGAUAUUCAUUGUAAAUUACUGGGCUAGUCAUCAAAGACUUCCUGUCAUCUCUGUGAUCUCAAGUCUGUGUAUGGUUGGGGCAGACUUGUAAAAUGUUAGCUUCACCUCUGUAUCUACAUAAUGAUUACAUAAUAAUGAAUAAUAAAUACAUUUUUUUUUUUUUUUUUGUGGUCUCUGGUCCCACCUUUGCUGACUGUGUGUAGAGUCCUAUGACAGCUCUGCACUGAACU